AUGGGGGCUCAAAGUUCUAAACAAGUUUCAAGAAAAUUACCACAGAAUGUAGUUUCAAAUGUCAAAUCAAGUGCAAUUGAAACACAUUCAUGCAAACAAGUACUUAAUGAACCGAUAACAAGUGACAAAGGAGAUGAAAAAGAUCCCCGUUUAUUAAAUAAUUUAUUUACAAUUGGACAUGUUAACGUUCCAAAAGAAAAAAUCACAUUUACACAGAUUCUUAGAAACAGAAAAGCAUUUGACGAAGAAAACGGGGGAAAUAUACCAAAAAACCGCAUAUUAGUCUAUGAGUUGAGGGAAAUGCUAGAACAAAGGAAAAAAGCUCCUAAUGAAUUUACAGCAGAAAGGUUAUCAGCACAAUAUAAUCUAGAUGUACCAACCAUAGAAACCUUGUUGCAACACAUAAAUACAUUUACAUUAACUGGAGGUGUAAACUCAAGAGCAGUGUGGGUUGAGGACAGUCAGUUAUUUAGAAAGAAUGAAAAUGUUGCUUCUGACUAA